AUGGCAGUGUCUCAUAUAGCUCCCUUGGCACAGCCCAUCACGCUGAAACUUUCCGGGAAAAUCAUACCAAAUCGACUUUAUCGAACACCGCUGAGCGAAUACGCCUCUACAUAUGACGAGAAUAAUGUUGGAAACUGCGGCAAGCCACUGGACCGCUACGCUGAACUGUAUCAAGGUAUAUUUGUUCCGCCGAAGGUGCAUGGUUUAAAGUUGAUGAAACUGACCUUGCAUCCAGAACUCGCGGAUGGGGGUGCCGGAUUGAUCUGCACCGGCAACAUUCCGAUCCACCGUGAUAAUCUGGAAAAUUACAACAACGCAGUGCUGGACCCAAACAACACUUGGGAUCCUAUAGCAGCAUUUGCUCCUGCGGUAAAGGCCGCUAAAUCUAGAGGCGCCAUCUUCCUUCCUCAGCUUCAGUUUCCAGGACGACAAGUCCCCGAAUUCUUGAAUCAGAACCCCAAAUCCGCAUCCGACCAACAACUUGAGCCUUGCUUGAACAAAACCUAUGGAAAACCGACCCCCUUGACGAAAGCAGACAUCGAUGAUCUAGUAUCUCGAUAUGUCUGGGCUGCAGGGGUCCUUGACAAAGCGGGUGCAGACGGCAUCAUUCUUCAUGCCAGCCAUGGGUAUAUCAUGAACCAGUUUCUCUCUCCAUUGACAAACAGACGCACGGACGAGUAUGGUGGAUGCUUGGAAAACCGCGCCAGGUUAAUCCUUCAAGUCGUCAACGCCAUAAAGGCAAAGCUCCCUUCAGAUAAAUUUGUCAUCGCAGCCAAGCUGAACUGUCAUGAUUUUAUCGAAGGUGGCCAAAGUUUCGCCGAGCAAUGUAUUGUGAUAAAAUGGCUCGAGGAAGCUGGUGUUGACUUUUUUGAUAUCUCAGGCGGCACAUAUGCUUCGCCCGCCUGGCGCGGCAAUAUUAUGACUGAGCUGGCAGAUCGUCCUUCGCAAAAGGAGCGUGGGAGUUACUUCAUCGAAUGGGCACAGGAGCUUAAGAAGGUGUUGUCGCGCGCUGUUAUUGGCACCACUGGUGGCUGGCGGGAUAGUCACCGUAUGUCCGAAGCCGUCGAACGAGGGGACAUCGAUAUGUGUGGUCUGGGUCGGCCAUUGAGAGAGGAUCCAUUCUUUGUAAAUCGUGUGCUUCGUGGUGAAGUUCGUCAAAGCAACCUGUAG